UUAAACUGAAUUAUAGUAGUUCUUCUGGUUUUAGUUAUUUUUAAGGGGAUUAGGAUUUGGUUUUCGGAGCUAAUGGUUUAUUUUACUGGUUUAAGGCUUUGUUUGAUUGAAUGCUGCCUUUAGGUUGAGAUUUUUCAUUUUUUGGGGAAGAAUUUUAAUUGUUGUUUGUUUGAAUGGUUGUAUGGUUUGCGUUUAUCAUUGUUGCUGCUCCUUUUGAACUUUGAAGAUAGAAUGAUUGAAACAAAUGCUAAAUGCUAAAAGUUUAUUUGAACUAAAUGAGAACUGAAAUAAUUGUUGAGGUUAAGCAUAUGAAUUUCAUUUAAAGUUGGGUGAAAACUUUUGGGAGACAUGUGAUCUGUUAGAUGGAUUUAGUGUGAUGGUUUUGACUAUGAAUUAUGCACAACUUGUAUCUUUCACUUUAAAAUGCUCACCGUAUCUGUUUCUUUUUCUUUCGCUCUAGGCUCUGGAUUUGGCUAUUACACGUCUUUGAAAGUUGGAAAAAACAUUAAGCUCUUGGGAGAAAAUGAAAAUCACUAAAUACUGAGAAAUUAUUUAAGUUAGGCAUAGCUUAAGCAUAUUCUAAGAUGUUGUCUUGCAAUACAUCGUGUCAUCUUGUUGCACUGCUAUUAAGAUUGCAACACCAUUUAAUUGCUUAGAAAGUAGCACUGUUGAUUUUGCAGGCCCAACCAUCCUGUUUUUUCAAGAGAACGCUGGAAAUAUUGCUCACCGUCUAGAAAUGGUUCGCAUAAUGCUACAGAGGUUACAGUGCAAUGUCUUCAUGCUUUCAUAUCGAGGUUAUGGAGCAAGUGAUGGUUAUCCUUCUCAGCAUGGAAUUAUUAACGAUGCUCAGGCUGCACUGGAUCAUCUCUCCCAGCGGACUGAUAUUGACUCAGAUAGAAUAGUAGUCUUUGGAAGAUCACUGGGGGGUGCUGUUGGAUCUGUACUCACCAAAAACAAUCCUGAUAAGGUUGCUGCAUUGAUACUAGAAAACACUUUCACAUCAAUUCUGGACAUGGCUAGAGUUUUAUUGCCUUUCCUGAAGUGGUUUAUUGGAGGUCCUGAUACCAAAGGUCCCAAAGUUCUAAAUUGUCUUGUCCGCUCUCCCUGGAGUACCAUUGAGAUCAUUGGCCAGGUCAAGCAGCCUAUCCUUUUUCUUUCUGGAUUGCAAGACGAGAUGGUUCCGCCAUCCCAUAUGCGAAUGCUGUAUGCUAAAGCAGCAGCUCAUAACAGGCAAUGCCUUUUUGUAGAAUUCCCUACUGGCAUGCACAUGGACACUUGGUUAGCUGGUGGUGACCAUUACUGGAGAACAAUUCAGCAGUUCUUUGAAAAACAUGUGCCGAAAAACGGACGAGAUUCCCUGAGGAGGUGAUUGGCAGGAUUGCGUGUAGCCUUUUGAGAUUUUAUUAUUUGGCUCACAGCCUGGAACUCAAACUUUGUCCCUUUUAUUUUGAAGCUGCAGCUGGUAGAAGCUCUCUUUAAACAUACACGCCGCUGUUGUCGUUGAUCAUUGAUUUUUUUUUUCUUUUACUGGCACACAAAACAUAAGCUGGUUAAAAGCACAAAAACGAGAAAGAACACAGAUUCCAUUUUAGUAUACGGGAUGACUGACUUUGACGAAGGCAUGAAAUACCAUACCAAUUCUGCCGGUUCCAUUUGUAUGACAUAAAAGAACUUUUAAGACGAAGAAAAAGAAUGCAGAUGUAUGGUUGGUGAUGAUAUGUUUGAACUAUUUGCUUCUCAGUUGUUGUAUGGGACGGUUGCUCUUUCUUGUUUCAGCAUUUGUUUAUGGAAACUGUUGUGGCAUCUUGAAAUCUCAUUCUCUUUUAACAAUAUCUAC